AUGAUCUCUAAAAAUAAUAUUUUAUUGUUUAUUUUUAUUAAAUUUAUUUUGAAUAAUGAUGUAGUAAGUAAAUCAAUUGAUAAUAUUACUUGUAAAAAUAAUAAUUGUAGUUUAAUUUUAUCAUCUAAUAAUUAUUCAGAAAAACAAAAUUUAAUUAAUAAAAAUAUAAAAGAAAAUAGAUUUUGGUUUGGAGGUUUUUCUUCAUGUAUUGGAGGAUUUAUAACACAUCCUAUUGAAUUAAUAAAAGUUCAUUUACAAACACAACAAACUGUUAAAUUUGGAAUUAUUAGUGCAAUAAAAAAUGUUUACAAAUUAGAUGGUUUAUUAGGAUUUUAUUCAGGAAUAACUGGUAAUUUAUUUAGACAAGCUACAAGUUCAGCUACCCGUUUUACUUUAUAUGAUAUAUUUAAAAGUUAUUAUGGUAAUGGAAAAAAUGUGACAUUUUGGAUGCGAACAUUAUUUGCAAUUGUUUCUGGUGGUAUUGCUGGAUUUUUUGGUACACCAGCAGAUAAAUCAUGUGUUAGAAUGAUGAAUGAUGUUAAACUUCCUAUAAAAGAAAGAAGAAAUUAUAAACAUGUUUUUGAUGCAAUUUAUAAAAUGGUAAAAAAAGAUGGAUUUUUAAGUUUAUUUAAAGGUUGGGAAUUUGUAAUGAUAAGAAGUUCUGUUUUAACAGUUGGUCAAGCAGCAGUUUAUGAUGAAAUAAAAUUAAUACUUUUAGAUACAAAAAUUUUUAAAGAUAAUUUAUUAACAUUUUUUGUUGGAUCAUUUAUUUCUGCUGGUAUUGCAACAAUUAUAACUCAACCUAUUGAUACUAUAAAAAUAAGAAUAAUGAAUUCUGAACCAGAUGUUUUUAAAGGAUACAUAGAUUGUUUUAUAUAUACAAUAAAACUUGGACCAUUAGCUUUAUUUAAAGGAUUAAUUCCAGCUUUUGUAAGAGUUAUACCUUAUACAAUGAUAAUUUUGAUUGUUUCUGAAGAAUUAAGAAUACAUUUUGGUAAAGAUAUACAUUAA